AUGAUCCUGCUCGGCGCAGGACUGGCACCCUUCACCGGCGGAGCGAGCCUUGCCCUGACCGUCUACGGAGCGGGCCGCGUCGUGGCGGAGGAAACGGUCAUCGCAAGCCAAAGCCACGUCGCCCCAGUCUACAAUCUCAUUCCCGACUCGAGCGAACUCAGGAACGAACGAGUGGUCUUGCUGGAGGUCAUGUACUGCCACAUCGUCGGUGACGACAUCGGUGGCGAGAUGGCGGACGCGGGAGCCACCCUUCUCGCGCGUGGCAUGCUGAUCACGACACAGGCCGCGCACCACCACUACGUCAUCCUCACGCUCGAAUCGGGGGCGCUUGUCUACAUGGACAAGCACAACAAGCGCAACAUUCGCGUGCGCACGGACAAGAAGGGGUUGAACAUCGUCGGGGACCGGUGGCUGCGCGGCGAAGUGCUCAAGUCCACAGCCCCCACUAGAUGGGGCGGGAACGUAAGCCUGAACGACCUCGUCAACAAGGCCUCGAGCAGUAACCUCGAAUAUUACCACCUUAUCGACAGCAACUGCCAGCAUUUCGCCGAGGAGCUCUACCAAUUCGUCCAAGCGUGA